UAUAUAUAGUGUAUGAUGAUGUGAUCGAACGUUUUCGUACAAUGUGUACAAACAUUCAUCGGUGGUGAAAACGAUGAAUGUAAUGGCUGUCAGAACGUAAAACAAAUGAUACAAAUGAAAUGUAACUUUCAUUGUUAUGAUUUAUUAACUAUAAGUGAAAUUAAAAUUGUCCAAUGUUGUAAGGAAAUUAUGAUUUGAACAUACAAAGCUACACACAAAACACAAAUAUUUAACUUAACAAGAAACUAUAAUCCAAACUUAUGGUGCAGCCAUUUUUGUGUGCUUAUUUCAAUAGUGCAUCAUACCAAUUUUGACUAAGAAAUUAAAAUUCCAGAAAACAUUUGGAUUUAAAAUUGACUUUUUGGCGUCAGAAUAAUAUAAUAGAAAUGUUUUCAAUGGACUGACAGUGUAAUACAGGCGGGAAUAUUUACCGCCAAAGACUGAUUCAAGGAACGUUUUUUCGGAAUUCCUGAAAUGAAUUUAUUGCCAGAAUAACAAGACGAUUACUGAAUCCUAUGUUUUUGAGCUACAAUUUAAAACAAUAGCUUUUUUAUUUUAUAGGAUAGGUAAAAUUCUUUAGAUUGUGAAUUUUUUGUAAUGCGGUAUAAUAAUUUAACGUAAAACUUGAUAUUACAAUUAUGUAUAAGUUUUAUGUUAAUAUUUGUCGUAUGUGCUUUUAUAGAAAUAUUAUUUAAAUGAACAAAUUCUAAAUUGUAUAUAACGUAUUCUAUUGUACGUUUUAUACUUUGCAGUAAUCAUGCUUAAAAACAUCGCAGUAAACAUGUAAAUCGCAUAUAUUUUAGAAUUAGCAUUAUAGCUCUUACAGCUUACACUGUAGCUGUUUUAUAAGAUCAAUGUGUUCAAUGAUGCAUAUGUUAGUGUUUCAUAUAUUGUGUAUAUUAAUCAGAAAUGAACUGGCACUUAGUGCAAGUGAAAGUGAAGCGAAUAAUCCUGUAUUUAAUUUAGAUCAUACAGCGUUAGAAAAAAAUAUUGCAGCAAUUUUUAAUAAAGUUGCACAUAGUUCUGCCACAACUAAGCGGAGUGUACCGGCAUAUGAAGCUCAAGUUUCACAGAGUACGACACACUCUACUUCUCCGGCGUCAGCGAUAACUUCAUUAACAACUUCUUCAAUAUUAUACCCUAUGAUAGUAUCAAAAGUAACGCAUCCCCCUUUGCUUCGUGAGUUACCAUCGUAUGCACCACCUUCUAGAGCUUUAUUUACUCCGCCACUACCGCCAGAAUAUGCCAAUCCAUUUGCUGAUAAACCUACCCUUAGAGGAACCAAUAUGGAACUUCAUUCGAGUGCCAGACGCCCAAUGCCACCUCCAAGUCUUACGCCAGCUCAUGAAAGAAUACCAAUAAAGCCUCCUGAUUUCAUUGAAGACACUUUAAAAAAUCCUGACACUCAAAUUCUUUUUAAAGACAGUGUUGUCGAUUCUGUUAUUAAGGAUUCUUUUGAGAUGUCUGAUCGAGGUAAAGAUUUGAAUGAUACAGUUGAUAUCGUACCUAUAUUACAUAUUACUAGUAUAUCAAGAAUAUUGUCUGGAAGUAAUGGCCGGAAACAAGACAUUCCAGAAAUUUUAUUAAAACCUAUCCCAACAAAAUUGCCCUUAAAUUAUUCAACUAUGAAAUCGGCAAAUGAUUCUUCACCUACUGUUCUUGGUACAAAGUCUACGUAUAAUAUAUCUCAAACUGUUACUAUUUCUUCAUUUAUUCCUUUACUGAAUCGGAAAUCUGAGGAAAAAGAUAUUGUUGUAAAAAACUUUUAUGGAAGUUCUAAAAAAAGUGACGAACCAUAUAGAGUUCAUAAUAGUGAUAUUGUUCAUAGUGAGAGAUUUCCAUAUCCUCAGACGCAACCUCCGACGAAUCCAUCAGAAAAGCCAGAUAAAAAGGAUAAUAAUCAAAAUAUUAUACCUCAUUUUAAUAAACAUCCGUUAGAGACAACUUGGAAAAUCGUUUGGUCUCUCCAUGUUUAUUUAGCAGCUUCUAUGUUCACUAUUGUAGCUUUAUAUUCCGUUUACAAAAUAGUACGUUAUAACGAUGCUACUAAUCUUUUGACUCAAUCAUAUUUUUUAAUUAUUCAUCUGUUAUUAACUAUUGUAUGCACAUUAAGAUGUUUUCACUUAUUUUAUGAUGCAUAUAAUUUGGGUCAUUCUUUUCCUGAAAUAUUAUCGAACGUACUUAUGUUUUUACCUUCCUCUCUGCUUGCAGCUGCCUUUGCAACUCUUAUACUAUAUAUGUCUCGUUGUUCAUCAGCACCAUCUUUAUACCGAAGUAAAUUUUCAUCACCAAUAAUUCUUGUAUUUGCGUUUAUUAUACAUAUAACUUUAUGUAUCUCUCUCCAUGUGUCCGGUUAUAUGCUUGGUUAUGUAGAUGAUUCAAAAAUUCUUCCUCUAAUUUGUCAAUGUAUAUACAUAAUAAUUUGUGUAACUUUAGGAUUAAGCUACAUGUAUGUAUAUCGUGUUAUACGAACUCAGCUGCAUAUUACAAGCACAAAAUCUGUUAACAAUCAUGUAACAGCUGAUUGUACAACUACACUUAAUACAGCGAUAACUACAACUGUUGCUACAGCGUUACUUUUUAUAUUAAUGGGAUUUGUACAAUUGUAUGGUAUUUUUGGUAUAAAAAGACAUCUUCAACCGUAUCCUUGGUUGUGGUGGGGCUGGGAAUUUUCUGUCCGUCUCCUAGAGUUAUCAAUGUGUGGAUUACUAGCAUGGGUAGCAAGCUUGUCUAAUUAUCAACUACAAGAAAAGCAAAUUCAGCAACAUAUUGUUCAUUCUGGAUUUGCUCUUUUUCCUUGUGGUAAUUCGACAUCAACCGAAAAUAUGGAUGAUGCUUUGUAUCCCGCUAUAUGCAGUACAAAUCAAGCUAUACAAAACUAUGCAAUACGAACAGGAAAACAAGUAUAUGACGAUAGUUUUCCAUUAAAUACAUUGCCAGAAAGUAUAAAUGUUACUAGUACAUUCGAAAGACAUUCGACUAAAAGAUCUGCUAGUUCGUCUGGUCAUUUUUCACAAGAAAUGCGGAGUUCUUUUGGUCAAUGCAAAAACGAUACCCUAAGUCUUCGCAAUUCUGAAAAUUUAAGUAAAACUCACACACUUCCAUUAAAUGUGCAUGAGCAUCCUUCGUCAUCGGGUUCUACAAUGUUAGUAGCUGAAGAUGGUUUUGUUAGAUUUCGAAAUUUAGGUCCAGAUGAAGAAGAAUCAUCAGAUCCUCCAAGUUUAAUAGGAUCAAGCGACGAAAGAAGAAGUCCUGUCGCGUGUAAUGAUAAAUUUAGAAUAAAACCAUCCACGACAAACAUGCAAAUGACACAAAAUUUACCCGAAAAUUCUCUUCCGCAUUUACAUUUAAGUAUUCAUCGAAAUCAACAUCAAAUUUAUAAUAAUACAUAAGUAAAAUAAUGCGAAAUAUCGAACAAAUGUUUACGUACAUGAAGUUAAUAAUUCAAUACCAUCUUUUGUAAUAUUGAAUCAAAACAAGAAUUUUUAUUUUGAUUUGUAAACGCUCUUUAAAACUUUGAUACAUAUAAUAUGAAUGUUGAAUCAGACUGUACGAAAGUAUUAUUUUAUAUGAUGACAUAAUUAUUAAAUGUAUGGCUAGUUUUUAAUAAUAAUUUUUUACUUUUAUUGUAUACUACGUGCGAAUAUGUUAGUCUGAUUAUAAAAUAUGAAGUGUAGAGCAGUGGUAAUGAAUGUGCGAAUUAUAGUCUUUUACUGCACUGCAACUUAUUUCAUUUUUAAAAAAUACUAAAUGGCUUUAGGUACUUAUGAUUUUUAACUUAAUUUAAACAUGUAAUAUGCUGUAGCAUUGUAGAAAAUACUAUUUAAUACAUUAUAAAAUUAAAUACAUUAUUUUUUAAAAGUCA